AUGUCAUCAUUACUCUUAUCGACGGGCCUCAAGGCCUUUUCAAUCUUUUCUAUGGCUACAGGUACAGCCGAUGUCAUUGCCGGGCACAAGCCUCUAAUUCCCGCCUCCGAACGAGCUCUGCUGCCAAAGUCAACACUCUCUGUAUUGGACAACCAACUACGAUUUCUGGGAGCGACAUGGGGAGGUUACGGGGCGAUUCUUUGGUGGGUUAGCAAUGAUCUCCAAGAGAGACAGGCUCCUCUGGCAGUGCUUGGAGCUGUUAUGUUUAUUGCUGGUAUUGGUCGGACUGUCUCCGGCUUGAGUCUUGGCUGGGGUGCAUCGUGGCUCAAGGUUGCUGCGGGUAUUGAGCUUGUUGUACCACCUUUGAUCUAUAUGCUCGGUUUUUAA